AUGGCCGUCAAGGACGAGCUCUCGCCGAUAGUCGUUAACGCGUGGCUCCCUCACAAACCCUUACCGGGCGAGGACGAGGAGGCCAUCGACAAGAAGCCCAUCGACCAGAUCCUCCGCGGCAUCCCGUACAGGCUCGUCAACUCCGCGCCCAAGAAAAAAAUCGUCGAGCUGAAGGCUGCGCUCGAGGCGGAGCGCGCGAAGAUCAAGGAGGCUGGCGAGGGCGAGGAGCUCUCGGAGGAGCAGACCGCGACGAAUGCAGCCGCGGAGGAGGCCAUCGCGCCGAUGGAGGAAGAACUCGCCGCCGCGGAGGCUGCCUACGAGGAGCUGACCGGCAUCCUCUGCAAGGGGCAAUUAAGCACCUUGCCCUGGAUCGACUCGCUCAUGCGGUACGUCGACCUCGGCGGGUCGUGCAUCGUCCCCGGCGGUGCCGUCGCCGCGGACGACGCCUUCAGAAGCGUCAACGGUAACCUCACGGACGUCAACGGCAUGCUCACGGAGAAGCAGCUCGCGGAAUCCAAGGCGUGGGCAGAGUACAUCACGCAGGCCAAGCUGGAAAAGCCCGGAGGGUACACCAUCGUGUGCAAAUACGCGCCCAACCCGUACCUGAGCGCGCAGGCCGCCAUCGACGCCUUCCCUGCCUGGGUCGAGCGGCAGAUCACCCUCGGGUUCGGGGUGGAGCUCGAGGAGGGCGCGGACCCGAUUCUCCCGCACGUCAUGCUCGCGUGGCCGGACCCUUCCGUCCCGGGCGUCGCCGAGGUGAUCGCGAAAAUGCUCGGACCGCUGACGGAGGACGCCGAGGAAGGUAAGGUGAAGGCCGUGUCCCUCGACCUCUCCGGCGACGUCUCGUGCGACCCGAGGCCGCUCAGGGAGUGCCUCGAGCGUGGGGGCACGAGCAAGCCGAGCGGCGUCGUGGUCCCGGGGAUUCACGCGCUCGACAAAGUCGGCGCACAGCUGGUCGCCGACGCCACGCGUUCCGACGUUAAAGUAAUCGCCGGCGAUGCCCUGCUCGGCGGCCUGGUAUCCGAGCGGUACCUGCGCGUCCCGGCGCCGACGCUGGCGGAGCUUAAGGGUACCGCCGCGUUCGCGGGCUUGGCGCGCGUGCUCGCGUCGCCCGGGGGUUGGGACGGGUUCCAGGCGACGCUGGAGGCGCUGGAGGCGACGGGGCGCGGGGUGGCGACGGCGCUCGUGCAGGCGUUCGCAGACGCCGGGAUGAAGGUGGAGAUCGAGACCGAGCUGGAGAAGGGACCGGCGUUCGAGAUCGGCGAGCCGCUCGGGGAGGAGCACACAGCCGCGAUCGUCGCGGCGAUGUCCGCCUGA